AUGGUCCUCCCACCAUUCAUCCUCUCUGGAGCCAACAGUCGCGCCCACUAUACCCUGCUGGCACGGCUCGAUGCGGCCGAGUCCCCGCAGGCGGCCAUCGCGGUCGUUGCUGCCGAGGCGGUGCGGUGUCGCGGUGUGCUGGAAGGCAAGGCGGGCAAUUCCAAAACCGCUGAGACGCUCAUCAUCCUCCUCACCUGCACCACGGUCAGCACCAUCCCACUAGACACCGACUUCGCCCUCGUGCCGGCCCUCAAGCUGGCCGAGAGCGGCAAGUCGCACCGCCGCACAGGGUAUCGAUUCCUUAUCGAGCGCUUACCGGAGGGACAUGAGCUCGCCUUGAUGCUCAUCAACACGGUACGAAAGGACUUGGCGAGCUCCAACCCGGCUCACAUCCUUAUGGCGCUCGGCGCGAUCUGCCAUCUCCCUAGCGACGAGCUCGCACCAGCCGUGCUCCCACUCCUGAAUGAGAGGAGGCUGGUGGAACAUGAACUGCCGGCUGUCCGACAACGAACGAUCCAGGCACUCUGCGCACUCAAUGGACAGCUGGGCCUACGCGAGCUCGCACGACGUAUCAGGAAGGAAGACGACGACAGUGUCCUGUCAUCGAUCGUCAAAAGCUUUGGAGAAGCGCUUCAUGCGGGCGCACGUGAAGAGAACCCCGAGAAGCGGCGGAGGCAGUUCGAUACGCUCUUCGCUGCUGCCGCUCGGCAUCUCCACCCUUCCCCGCUACUCGUGCAGCUUAUGCGCGCAGUCGCUUGUGUGCUGGCUCCCCUUGGGCGCGGGGAAGAUCUCACAGACCAUGUCCUCGAACGCGCUCACGCGCUGACUGACGAGAUUGUCGAGGUCACCACCACGCCGGGGCCGUGGGCCCAAGCCUGUUUGGUGGAAGUGUGCGCGCUCGCUGCUACGAUCUGGGCCGCGGAUAGCAAGCCCGUCUCUGAGCCAUUGUUAGAGCAUGUCCGCAACUUGCUUCUCCCUGAGAAGGAGAAGGGGAAGGAACGGACUCCGGUCCAUUCCGCGAGGUCAAGUCCACGCAAGCCCGAAGGAAAGAGCUCCAAACCUCAUCCUAACAGGCGGAUACUCGGGCUACGCUGUCUCGCCACUCUUCCGUUCGUGUGGCUGGACGGCCUGACGGAGACACACAUGGGCGCUCUCAUGGCCGGCGUCGACUCGGGCGACAGCACGGUUCGGCUGGAAACUCUCCGCCUCCUGGCCAAGGUCGACGCUAACCUUCCCCGUCUGACAGCAGACAGCCACCUUGACUCUCUCUCCCGAGGGGCGGAAGAAAAGGAAGACGCCGCCUCGCGCGCGCUCGAGGCUCUCGAGGUCGCUUUGGAGGGCGAGGAACCUGGUACACGCGCGCAAGGUCUGGCAGAGAGCCUGGCUCGUAUUACACCUCACUUCACACACGUGUGGAUGAAGGGCGUCCACGCCGCCAUCGGAUACACCCAGAUCCUCCCACCGACGUCGUUCAUCGACCCGGCCGCGGACGCACUCCUCGCUGCCCCCGCUGACCCCACCCUCGCGGUCGCAGUGGCCACGCUGGCCGUCGAGCACGAUCGGCCUGCUGUGCCUGCGCUGCUCGCGGCCCUCCCCCGUGUCGACCCCGAGGUUCAAGAGCUCUGCAUCCUGGCUCUGGUGCCCCUGCAUGGUGGGCAGGAGGCCGUUCGCACCCUCCGCAAAGUCGCCGAAGGGGCGAUCCCGCAUAUCCGGCGGCGUUGCGAGCAGGUCGCGCUCGUGCUGGAGCAGGGCCAGGCGUGGGAUGUCGUGGGCCGGGCCAAGUCGCGUGCUCUCACGGAUGUCCUCGACGCGCUUCUUGCUGUGCAUGCCGAGCUGGUCACUCCGUCGCGCCCAUCGCUCGAAGAUCGCGACUCGAACCUGUCCGCGAGCACCAUCCGCUCCAAGCCCGCCGCGCUCAAGUAUAAUUACGGUACCAGCAGCCCGCUCGGCCGCGCGGCGGAGCUCGCGAUGGGGCGAAGCGCCCUCGUAGAGCCUGACGACGUUGCGCUGGAUGAGCUAACAGCUGACACUGGCCGUGUGCGUAUCUAA